UCUAAUGUAUAAUAUAUAAUAUAGGUUAAAAAGACGGUUUCCCUAUCAAUUAGUUAGUACUAUAGUUUGAUAUUUGUAGCAAUAAAAAAUGUAAAAUGAUUCAUAGUCAUCAUUUAUAUUGUUGGGUACUGCACACAGUCUCCCAAGCCAAGUCAUUAUUCCUUAUCUAACAUACUGAUUAGUUGCUCCACAUUUAGUAAGUUAUGAUUAACUAAUUAGAUGGAGUUAGUUAUAUCAUUAAGUAUUAGUUAAGUAGUGUGGGUAGUAAUACUUUAGUAAGUUGUAAUAUACCAUGGAGUUUGAAGGGCUAUUCCCAACAUCCAGAUGUCGAAUUACCGAAUUCGGACAUACUGUGGAGAUGCUGUUAGCAGACUUUCCUAUUGAGAUCCUUCAAUUAAUUAUUGGUUGGUUAACUCAGGGGAAUGUUGAUAUAUAUAAUAAAGAAGGUGUAGUAUAUAGGGAUGGAUUAUAUCCCCUAUUUGUUUAUAAUUUAAAUCAGAUUCGUUGUGUAGGUCACUAUCAAGAUUUAAUAUCCUUAUCAUCAACUUGCACAAAAUUUAGAAGGUUAUUAGGACCAUUUAUAUUUAAAAAUUUUAGUUUAAUUAGAUUAAAUAAUGUUGAUGUAAUAUUAGGAAGUCAUUGGGGUCAAAGUGAACUCUUUUCUGAUAAGAAGAAGUAUAAUCGGGAAUUUAUGAAAGAAUUAUUAGCUAUCAAUAGCGAAAAUUGCUUAAUAUCAGAUUUAGCAAGAACAAGUUUUAAACAAGGGAUAAUCGGAGAUCUGAGCCAACAAAGUAGAUAUAACCGAGAAUUUAGUAUCAAUAACUUUAUAACUUAUCUUGAAGUUGAUUCUACGAUGCUUGUGGGAUCUAAUUUACUGCAAUUUCAUAAUCUAACUUCAUUGAAGAUACUUGAUACGGCAUACUUUGACUUUUAUACAUAUACACUUCCUCCACUUGAAAAUUUAACUGAAUUAUCUAUACGAGGUGAUAUCUUAAGUACAUUACAAUACAUUCCUCCCUCAUUGAAGCGAUUGGAUGUGAUGUUGGUGUUAUUACAGAAAGAAUGUUUAGAUGCAAUUGAGACAUUACACGAUACUUUCGAAACCAAAUUACUUAAUUUGGUCGAGUUGAAUAUGUUUUUCGAUACAAGGGAAGCAUUAAAUUAUGAUGAGAUUCUAAACUUAUUGGAAAUAGUGGCAGAUAAUUGCUUGAAAUUAGAGAAUAUAAACUUUAGGAAACUUAGAAGAAACGUUAAUAUUGAUUCAGAAUUCUCAAAUCUGAUAUAUAAUAGUUUGAAUUUUUAUAAGAUUGUAAAGAAAUUUGAAAAUAUCCGACAUAUUGGUAUUGAUGUGAAGAUUUUAAAUACUAUAAUGGAUGAUACAUUAUUUGUUGAUCGAUUAAAAUUAACAAAUAGGGCCAACUUACCAUUAGCAAAUAUGGGACUUCAAAGGAGUAUGACGGUGUUUGAUUAUUCUACCACAAGUCCGAUAUUGACUACCAAUGCCAUUAAAUUAUUAAGUGAUAUUAUACGAUGUAUUGGUAUUACUGAAUUUAAUUUUCAAUUUAAUGAGUCUCAUAAUCGAAGUAGAGAUAAUGCCAUUAAUUUAGUACUUAGUGUUGUAUCAUUUCAAACACAAAUUUAUUCCAAGCAACUUGAGAAAGUGUCUAUCAUGCCUUGCUGGUCAUUAACUGAUGGACAUCUUAAAAGAAGUUUUUAUAGAGAUUGUAUUAUUAAGAAUAAUGAACUUCCUAAUAAAGUAUGGCAACAAUCAUUAGCAUCAGCAUUAAUUGGAGAUAAGAUAUCAUGUACCAACUCAUCUAAAUUUAAAGAUAAAGAAAUAUUUGAUGUUAUUUAUUUGGAGCAUAUUCUUGAUGGAUAUUUAGGGUUUCCACCUUCUCCUGUAAUAUUUCAAGCUAAAUUGCAACCAUGUGAAGAUAAUGAGGAAAAUAAUCUAAAUCAAAAUCAAUAUAGCACUAGUCGAAGUUUCUGGAGUGUCGAAACAUCUUUAUCGGAAAUGGAGCAUUAUUCAGCAGUAGUUAAGAGGCCACCAACACCACCCUAUAAUUGAUUAAUAAGAGGUAUAAAGAGGUAUAAAGAGGUAUAAUAGAGUAAUGUAUGUAAGUAUAAUAUAUAAUAUAUAUUAAGUGCAUUAUAAUAUAUUUUGCAACCAAAAA